AUGAACUGGGGAAUCGCUACGUCUACUGGUUGCAACAAAAUAUCAUUGAUGCAACUUACCUACAAGGCGAUUCAGCAAAUCACCACCACUCUACGGCUCGACGAACAAGACGAGGACCUCAAAGCAUUCUAUUCCAAACUUAUCGUCUACUGCACUAUAAUAGAGAGCCGGCUAAUCUCUUUUCGCGAAACCGAUUUUUCACCUAGCAGCCUUGUCAAUUUAUUGUCAACCCCUUUGGAACGAAUAUUCACCGAUACCUUUCGUCGUCUCUUGGUUAGUUCCUGGCCACUGGAAUUAGCCAAGCUUCACGGAAGAAUCAGAAGUAUCAAAAAUAACGCCGCCAAAAUCGAAAUCCUUGGAAUCUACUUGGAAAUUGGAUCAACAUCUGACGUUCACGAUGAGAUUGCGAAAUCCCUGGACUUUUGUGAAAAUGAGCUCAGGGUCAGAUACCCAGAAGACUUAUCCCACUGGGCUUUUGAAGAUCUGGCUCCCCAGUUGAGUAUCAGCGAGCCUACCUACGCCGUCUGGAACGCAGCCCAAUCGAUAUUUAAAGCCAUGGUGUCAUGCAUGGAUUGUCCUUGCACACCAGCACAUGACCUUAGCGCUCGUCUCUUCAUGGGAACUUAUCGAAAGCCCGAGAUUCAGUCUAACGAUAAGAUAGACCAAGUUGACUUCAACAUGUUUCUAUCAUCCCAGCAGAACUGGCAAGAAGCGAUCGUUCACACAACUAAAGAGAAAAAGGUUCAGAUAGUUAUCGACGAACCGCACGGUCAGCGACCAAAGAAGGAGUGCAUUAGGACUAUGAAAGUCAAAAGCUUAUGUGAACCGAUCGCCAAGAUUAACUCCAAAGCUUCAUAUCGUCUUGUCUUCAAGGUCACCCAAAACCAACUAUUUAAGCUGCAGUCGGAAAGAAGUGGCAAGCCGAUUGAUAACUCACAAAGCGCCGUGUCGCUCGAUGAGUUCUUGAGAAACAGAUCUGGAUCUUUGACGGAAAAGACAAAGCGUAUCUUGGCGGUGAUCCUUGCUUCCGCUGUUUUCCAUCUUCACAAUACUCCAUGGUUACAAUCUACCUGGAGCUCAUCCGACAUCUUAUUCUUUCGAACACCAUCAUCAGCAAUACCACUCAGACCAUUCAUUCAUAGACCACUUUCAAGUCUUCAUCAAACCGAAGAACCGAUUUCAAAUGAUGGAACAGCCCUGGACUCAGACGACAUCGAUCCAGAUGAUAUUGAUCCAGACGACAUCUUAAGCCAUGAUUGCCCCACACUCGUCAUUCUAGCGAUUAUGCUAUUAGAGUUGUACUUUGUGGCCCCUUUUGACAUCUUGGCCCAAAGAUUCAACAUCAAUCUCGAACCAGAUUCGCAGACCACAGCCUUUACAAGAUAUAUGGAUGUCAACUAUGUCUUCAAAGCUUGCCAAAAGGAAAUUCCCAAUAACUCGCAGUUCUACUUGGCCGUUGAGAACUGCUUGGAUCCAAAGGUCUGGCAGGAUGAAGAAGGGAGGAAGCUCGAUGAGCCUACAUUGAGAGCCAAGAUCUACAAGAGUGUCGUUCUACCGCUCGAGACGGAGCUGAGUCAGGCUUAUGGCGAUGUUCGGAUUGAGGAUCUAGACCGUAUUGCACAAGAUAUUGACUUUGGGUGUUGGGGUCAACCGCUGAAAACACGGGAUCAACAGAGCAGUACUUCAAAUGCGAAUGGUCGUGUUUCUGUAUCCGCAGACUGUCCUCGUCAAUGUUCAGACGUGCUACCAUUACGACAUCAACACACGGAUGAAAACAGUCGCGACAGCAGAGCGCUGAUGGAUCCCCCAUCGAACAAGAGAAGAUGCAGUCGCUCCCCCAGUGGCGUGGAAUCCAAUGGUGUCUUGUCCGAACUAUCAUCCCUACCAGACGUACCAUCUUACUCCCGCUCAUCUUACACCGUCGGUAUCCUCUGCGCCCUCCCACUCGAACUUCUUGCGGUGAGGGCGCUAUUCGACGCCAAGCACGACAGUCCUAGAUACAUACGUGGAGACAGCAACACAUACGCACUGGGUACAUUGAGCAAUCAUAUGGUAGUGGCAGCUUGUCUCCCAGCUGGCGAGUACGGGACGAAUGCAGCUGCAGACUCAGCGUCCAACAUGAAAAGAACAUAUCCCAACAUUGAAUUCUGUCUUCUCGUUGGUAUUGGGGGAGGUGCUCCAACUCAGGAUAAUGAUAUAAGGCUGGGUGACGUGGUUGUGCAUGUUCCAACAGAGAAGCACAUGUGCAUAAAAGAACACCCAGGCCAACCAACCAUCCAGAGAUCCACUAUGGUCUUAUCGCGUCAGGAAACAGGGUACUAA